UGUCUCUGCGAAAGACAAUGACGAAAAAGGAGGACUCACAGUUGCCACAGGCUGGUGACUUCCAGGCAAAGGAAGGAUCAGUCCUUGGCGAGAGCACAACCCGAAAGUACAGUUACUUCGAUCUGUUCAGAUACUCAACCACAUGUGAACGCUGCCUGUUCGUAUUCAGUCUACUGGUGGCCACAGGUGCCUCCGUUUUCAUUCCCUACUUCAUGAUCAUCUAUGGAGAAUUCACAUCCCUGCUCGUGGACCGCACAGUGGGCGUGGGCACAUCGUCGCCCUCCUUUGCCCUCACAAUGUUCGGUGGCGGCAAGCAAUUAACAAAUGCCAGUGAGGAGGAGAACAAACAGGCCAUCAUCGAUGACGCGACAGCCUUCGGAAUCGGCAGUCUUGUGGGCUCCGUGGCCAUGUUUCUGCUCAUCACCAUUGCCAUCGACCUGGCCAAUAGGAUAGCCCUCAACCAGAUCGAUCGCAUCCGAAAGCUCUUCCUGGAGGCCAUGCUGCGACAGGACAUCGCCUGGUACGACACCAGUUCGGGCUCCAAUUUCGCCAGUAAAAUGACGGAAGACCUGGACAAACUCAAGGAGGGCAUUGGCGAGAAGGUGGUGAUUGUGAUCUUCCUGAUCAUGACCUUUGUGAUUGGCAUCGUGUCCGCCUUCGUCUACGGCUGGAAGCUCACCCUGGUCGUUCUCAGCUGUGUUCCCUUCAUCAUCGCAGCCACCAGUGUGGUGGCCCGCCUCCAGGGAUCGCUGGCGGAGAAGGAGCUGAAAUCCUACUCGGAUGCGGCCAACGUGGCCGAGGAGGUCUUCAGUGGCAUUCGCACCGUGUUCGCUUUCAGUGGCCAGGAGAAGGAGAACGCUCGCUUCGGCAAGCUACUCAUUCCGGCCGAGAAGACGGGCCGCAAGAAGGGUCUCUACUCGGGCAUGGGCAACGCCCUCUCCUGGCUGAUCAUCUACCUCUGCAUGGCCCUGGCCAUCUGGUAUGGCGUGACCCUGAUCCUGGACGAGCGUGAUCUGCCCGAUCGCGUCUACACCCCAGCCGUUUUGGUCAUUGUCCUCUUCGCCGUGAUCAUGGGUGCCCAGAAUCUGGGCUUCGCCUCGCCACAUGUAGAGGCUAUAGCCGUGGCCACGGCCGCCGGACAGACGCUGUUCAACAUCAUCGACCGGCCGUCGCAGGUGGAUCCCAUGGACGAGAAGGGAAGCAGGCCGGAAAACACCUCGGGACGCAUUCGCUUCGAGGGCAUCCACUUCCGCUAUCCCGCUCGCCCGGAUGUGGAGAUCCUCAAGGGCCUCACCGUCGACGUGCUUCCGGGCCAGACGGUGGCCUUUGUGGGCGCUUCUGGGUGUGGCAAGAGCACGCUCAUCCAGCUGAUGCAGCGGUUCUAUGACCCCGAGGCGGGCAGCGUCAAACUGGACGGACGGGAUCUGCGCACCUUGAAUGUGGGCUGGCUGCGAUCGCAGAUCGGAGUGGUGGGCCAGGAACCGGUUCUCUUCGCCACCACCAUUGGCGAGAACAUCCGAUACGGAAGACCAUCGGCCACCCAGACGGACAUUGAGAAGGCGGCGCGAGCGGCCAACUGUCACGACUUCAUCACUCGGCUGCCCAAGGGCUACGACACCCAGGUGGGCGAGAAGGGCGCCCAGAUCUCGGGGGGCCAGAAGCAGAGGAUAGCCAUUGCCAGGGCCUUGGUGCGACAGCCACAAGUGCUGCUCCUGGACGAGGCCACCUCCGCGCUGGAUCCCACAUCCGAGAAGCGAGUGCAGAGUGCCCUGGAGCUGGCCAGCCAAGGACCCACCACUCUGGUGGUGGCCCAUCGCCUGUCCACCAUCACGAAUGCCGACAAGAUCGUCUUCCUCAAGGACGGCGUGGUGGCCGAGCAGGGCACCCACGAGGAGCUGAUGGAGCGCAGGGGUCUCUACUGCGAACUGGUAAAUAUCACCCAGCGCAAGGAGGCCACCGAGGCGGACGAGGGGGCGGUGGUUGGGCGACCUCUGCAAAAGUCGCAGAACCUGUCUGACGAGGAGUCGGACGACGAUGAGGAGGAGGAUGAGGAGGAGGACGAGGAGCCGGAGCUGCAGACUUCGGGCAGCUCCAGGGACAGCGGGUUCAGAGCCAGCACGCGACGCAAGCGUCGUUCGCAGCGUCGCAUCAAGAAGAAGAAGGAUAAGGAAGUGGUUUCCAAAGUGUCCUUCACACAGCUAAUGAAACUGAAUGCUCCGGAAUGGCGCUUCAUUGUGGUGGGCGGCAUCGCCUCCGUGAUGCAUGGCGCCACCUUCCCGCUUUGGGGUCUCUUCUUCGGCGACUUCUUUGGAAUCCUUUCGAACGGCGACGAUGAUGUGGUGCGCUCCGAGGUCCUGAAAAUCUCCAUGAUCUUCGUUGGCAUUGGCUUGAUGGCCGGACUGGGCAACAUGCUGCAGACCUACAUGUUCACAACGGCCGGCGUGAAAAUGACAACGCGCCUGCGCAAACGGGCCUUUGGAACGAUCGUGGGUCAGGAUAUUGCGUACUUCGAUGAUGAGCGGAAUUCGGUGGGAGCCCUGUGCUCUCGGCUGGCCAGUGAUUGCUCCAACGUUCAGGGGGCAACUGGAGCUCGUGUGGGCACCAUGCUUCAGGCUGUGGCCACUCUAGUAGUCGGAAUGGUUGUCGGUUUCGUCUUCUCCUGGCAACAGACCCUCCUCACCCUGGUCACCCUCCCGUUGGUCUGCUUGUCCGUCUACCUCGAGGGUCGCUUCAUCAUGAAGAGCGCCCAGAAGGCUAAGGCAGCCGUUGAGGAGGCUUCCCAGGUAGCCGUCGAAGCUAUUACCAACAUCCGAACGGUCAAUGGUCUCUGCCUGGAGCGUCAGGUCUUGGAUCAGUACGUCCAGCAGAUCGAUCGUGUGGAUGUCGCCUGCAGGCGCAAGGUUCGCUUCCGUGGCCUGGUUUUUGCUCUGGGUCAGGCGGCUCCCUUCCUGGCCUACGGCAUCUCCAUGUACUACGGUGGUAUUCUGGUGGCAGAGGACCGAAUGGACUAUGAGGAUAUCAUCAAGGUGGCCGAGGCUCUGAUCUUCGGCUCCUGGAUGUUGGGACAGGCCUUGGCCUAUGCCCCCAAUGUAAACGAUGCUAUUCUAUCCGCCGGUCGCCUUAUGGAUCUCUUCAAGCGCACCUCCAUGCAGCCCAAUCCGCCACAGAGUCCCUACAACACAGUUGAGAAAUCCGAGGGAGACAUUGUCUACGAAAAUGUGGGCUUCGAGUAUCCCACGAGGAAGGGCACUCCCAUUCUCGAAGGCCUCAAUCUCACCAUCAAGAAGUCGACGACGGUGGCUCUGGUGGGUCCUUCUGGCUCCGGCAAGUCCACCUGUGUGCAACUGCUGCUCCGCUACUACGAUCCCGUCUCGGGAUCCGUGAAUCUGAGCGAAGUGCCCAGCACGGACUUCCCGCUGGACACCCUGCGCUCCAAGCUCGGUCUGGUGUCCCAGGAACCUGUGCUCUUCGAUCGCACCAUUGCCGAGAACAUAGCCUAUGGCAACAACUUCCGCGACGAUGUGUCCAUGCAGGAGAUCAUUGAGGCGGCCAAGAAGUCCAAUAUCCACAACUUCAUCAGUGCCCUGCCCCAGGGAUACGACACUCGGUUGGGCAAGAGCUCGCAGCUUUCGGGCGGUCAGAAGCAGCGCAUCGCCAUCGCUCGGGCGCUGGUCAGGAACCCGAAGAUCCUUAUCCUCGACGAGGCCACCUCUGCUCUCGAUUUGGAGAGCGAGAAGGUGGUGCAGCAGGCGCUGGAUGAGGCGCGAUCCGGUCGCACCUGCCUGACGAUAGCCCAUCGUCUGACCACCGUGCGGAAUGCGGAUCUCAUCUGCGUGCUGAAACGCGGCGUGGUUGUGGAGCACGGCACCCACGACGAGCUGAUGGCCCUCAACAAAAUCUACGCCAAUCUCUACCUGAUGCAACAGGUAGCGGGCUAACACAGCACACUGGAGUGAUAAUCUUUAGGCUUUAAUUUAGUAUAUACAUUAGGCUAAUAGAACGUGUUAAAGUAUUACGAAAAAGUAGAAUAAAUAUGUAGGCCAAAAA